UUCUACCAGCUAAUCAGUCUUUGUAACCAAGCACUGCUUACUGAAAAGUAAGGCAGUUUCAUGAGACAUUACUAGUUAACACCAUUAAAAUGUUUCAAGUUUUACUCCUCUGUGGAUUAAUCUUUGGAUGUCAAUCCCAAGCUUUGCCAUCCUACUUUCCAGCAUUUAUACAGGGAGAUGUAGUGAGUGCUAAAGUUGUUGCUUUAAAGGAGUCGGACUAUAGAGGCAAGCCAGUUUAUGAAAUAACAUUCACGGUUAAACCACAUGCUUCAAGUGAAUCAGAAGGUAUUGUACAUCGUCAGUAUGAAGAAUUCCAGAAAUUCAAUGACAAAAGACCAUUUAAAAUCGGGGGAUAUGGAUUUAAUGUACCAAAGCAAUCUGAGGCCAAUAUCACAAUGAUGGAUGCCUACCUACAGAGAACAAUAGCAACAGACUCUCUCAAGACUUCCCAAUUAAUGAGUGAUUUUCUCGGUAUCAACUGGGAUGGAAAAAACAUUAAAUGGUUUCUUGAUAUGGCUGAAUUUAUGAAAAUGUUAUUGAAUACGAGAGUCCCUGAUUUCGCUCCAGAGCCACCUAUCAUCAGAACAGAAGAGGACGUUCUCCAUGAAGAGACUCCACAUGAGGUCUUUGUGUAUCUUACAGCUUUUCAUCAUGGUCACUCAAGUGCUAGCCUCCAAGCCUACCAAAGCUUCUUCAAAAACUACACAGAACUGACUCCUAAAUUUGAUGGCCCAACAGGUGAAACUGAUGUCCUUCCUCCAGGUGUCUCAACACCCAUCAAGAUACCUUACUUUUAUGAUAAGGCUCAUGUACAUUUUCUGCCAGGGGGCUACCUCAAUGGACAAACUGUACGGAUCUCAUACCUGGGGAAAAACAAGUUCAAUAUGUUGAAGGAGGUGAAUUUGAGGGACAGAAUUAAGCAAUUUCAUGGACAGAGAUCACCUAAGAUGAUUCUAGAUGUGGGAACAGGAAACUGUUUUUCUGCUUUCUCAUUUGCUGAGGUGUUUCCUAAUUCUAUUGUACAUGGAGUAGACCUAGCAGCACCUUAUGUAAGGUUUUGUCGUGUCUGGCAAAAGGCCCGUCAAUCCAACAACACCUUUUUCUACCAGGACAAUGGAGAGUCUCUCCACUAUAAGGACAACACAUUUGACAUUGUUCAGUAUACCUAUGUGUUGCAUGAGAUGCCAGCGGAAAAUGCAGCCAGAUUCCUAAAGGAAGCAUUCCGUGUACUUAAACCUGGAGGCGUCAUUAGUGGAUUUGAAGUACCUUAUGUUGUUGACCCAGUGGAGAGACCAAUCUUUGUUGAAACACAAACUUGGGGAUACAAGUGGAACACCACUGGACCACAUGGACCAGAGCCAUUUGUUGGGGAAUUUGAACUGGGUACAAAACUACCACAAAUGAUCAAAAGUGUAGGCUUUAUAAACAUGAUAGACCAGUCAUAUACUGAGUUUGAUCAUUUCUAUAUUGCUGAAAAACCAAAGGAAUAACAUAAUAGAUUUGCAACCUGACAUUGAUAAGUUAAUUGAUUAAAAUCCAUGUUUAUUAUAUUCAGAGAAAAUAAAGACAAGUUGCCAUAU